AUGACCAUGGCCACCAACGACAUCGCUGCUAAAAUGCGCAAGACCACCGACGAUUUCCUCUACCCGUGGAACGGCGACUGGAUUCACUCAGCAGAACCAAAUCUCGCCACUAGAGCUCCCGAAUGCCGGCGCAUCAUGAUGCCUGCAUCCGUCGCCGCACCUGCGAGAAGCUGCGAGAAGCCAAGAUCGAUGACAAUCCACGAUUACCUCGCUGUCCCCGACUCCCUACGCGCAGUGUGCCGUUCCUCAACGUCCGCCACGACCCCGGCCGGCCCGCUGAACAAUGAAUACGUCUGGUUCCUAACUCUCACCCCAUCCGGGCACAAGAUCACACCUCAUCGAAGAAUUCCUUGA